UAGUGACUGACGAGAGAAAUCAAUAUAUUGACAAUUAAUGUCUUUUGUAACGAAAAUGAUCCAAUAUAUAUAAAUAUAUAUCAUAUCAGGUCUUGAAGCACGCCAUCAGACAUCCGCUCUGAACACAUCCCAUAUAUCAACCAUUACAUCGGCGGGAGGUGUUCAGCGCAAAAUGGCCACAGUUUCGCCUUUAUAUCAAGUGACAGCGCCUCCGAACCCACCGAUUAUAGCACCGAUUAUAGUGCCCAUCAUAUCCUCGCACAGCAAUACAGGCCAAUACCAUAACGUUGUGUCCGGUUCUGCUCUAAACGCUACCAGAACUUCCAGCUUUGCCGCCGCACUCAGAAAAUUAGCCAAACAAUCAUUUGAUCCAAUGAUUGACACCGAUUCUGGCCAACAGCCGUCACCGUUAGCCCUCUCUGUGAGCCAUUCUUCCACUUAUAGCAAAAAUUCCAACACAUCUUUUCAGUCAUCAAUUCCUAGCAUUGGCUCUCACUGUCAACCUUUUGGGCCAUCCCCUUCUCACGUUCAUAACGAUAGUCUUAAUUCAGUUGGCAUUCACUCAACACAACAAAAUAAUACUCUGAACCGAACGGGGUUUCAACCUUACAGAAGCGGUUUUGAAGAUAUUUUACGAAGUAAUUCUUCGACAUCUUUGGCAUCAGCACCACUGCCAUCACAUCUACUGCCUUAUGAUGCGUUGGCUUUUCCUUAUCACCCAUUCCUGCCUCACACUAAUCCUAAUCUACUGUCACAUCACGCGCCACAUCCAAGUGCUUCGUAUCGUAUGGGUGAUCCCUAUUAUAUGGAUCGUUUUGGUCUACUUAGAGGCCAAUUACACGUGCCGUCAGCUCCACUACCAAUGGCCGGAAGCGGCACAACAUCUUCAGUGCCUUUCAAUUUAGUCCGUUAUUCAGAACUCUUGAACUCACAAACGGAAAGACUUAUUAACGAUGAAAGACAACGACUGUUGAAUCAAACACUCUCUCAAAGUGCACAGACUUCUUACAAACCCAAUACACAAACCAUUGAUAGUCCACCCAUUCAUAUGAAAGUUAAUAAUAAUGAAAGAUUUGAUAACAAUAGCGAACACUUCUUAAUGAAUCACUCCAUGAAAAACCACUCGACUUCGGGAUCAAUACUUUCCGGAACUCCGCGAGAUAAUCAAAUAGAGUUUAAUAAAUGCGUUAAACGAAGAAAACUAUUGACACUAUUGUCUGACGAACUCGAAGAACCGGAAGAAUGUAUAAAUGAGAACAAAGAGAAUCCAGAGUUUUUGACUGCGAGUCAAAUCCCUCCCAAUUCUAUCGCUUCAGUCGAGAAGAAUAUGGAGAGAAAGCGAGAGUUGAUGUCUGCCAUCGGUUUAUGUGAACAGAAUUCAAUUCUGUUGGAGACAACAAAACAACAGCAAAAAUAUAUGGGAUCUAAGAAUGAGGUGAACGAUACCAUCAAAGAUAACUCACAUUUCGUAGACAUUGCCUCCACUUCUGACUACAAGUGGCCGGGAAUUGAAGCCGUUAUGGAAGCGUAUGACACAUAUUCUUGUGAACGAAAACAAGAAAAAGACUUUCUCUUUGAGAGAAGUAAUGAACUGAAGAGUAAAUUGCAAGACAUUAACAAAAAGGCCGAACAUUUAGGACAACAAAUGGCCAAUUUAUUGCAAACGAAAUCUAAUUUGGAUGAAGAAAGACAACGAUAUGAAAGCACUUUAGAGACACUGAAGACAUGCAUUAGACAACUUCGGUGA